GCAUUGACUUGCGCCGUAAACUGUGACGCAUGCGUGCUAAAGAUCAGGCAAGGGACGUGGAUGGGGAAUCUCAACGAUCAGCGAUACUCUGAUUUGUAGACUACAUAGAUCUGUGUAGACUAUUGUCUGUUGGAAGUUGGUGCGAUUCGAAUAGAUUCACACUAUGGGGGGUCAGUUGUCCUUUGAGGAGAAGGUCCAUGUGGUGAUUGUUGGUGGUGGGUUUGGUGGUAUUGCAGCUGCCCAGCAUCUCAAAAGUCACGGGGUACCCUUUAUGCUGAUUAACCCAUUAGACGCCUUUCAUCACAAUGUUGCAUCACUGCGUGCUUCAGUUCAAAGUGGCUUUGCCAAGCAAACCUUUAUUCCGUACAAAAGCACAUUUGGACUGAAUUUCCUUCAGGGGCGUGUGAUACAAAUAGACACUACAGAAAAAUUUGUUGUGCUCGACAAUGGAAAGGAAGUAAGUUAUUCACACCUCAUCCUCUGCACUGGGUCAGAUGGACCUUUUCCUGGGAAAUGCAACAUUGUGGAUUCCUACCAGAAAGCAAUUGUGAAGUAUGAAGAUAUUGUUAAAGAGGUCCAGGCAGCUGACUCAGUGCUUGUGAUUGGGGGUGGAGCCACUGGGGUGGAAAUGGCUGCUGAAAUCAGGACAGAAUAUCCAAACAAGAAGGUAAUUCUUAUUCACUCACGUGAUGCCCUGGCUGAUUCAGAGCUGCUCCCCAGUGUAAGAGAAGAGGCCAGACAGGUACUGCUGGAGAAGGGAGUGGAAUUAUUUCUAGGACAGAAAGUUUUAAACCUUGAUGAGCUGACACUGAAUGUGACCCUGAAGGGCAGCGUGAUCAAGACGGAUAAGAAUGAGCAGUUCACUGUUGACCUUGUUAUUUGCUGUACAGGGAUCAAGAUCAGUUCAGAUGCAUACAGGUCCAGUUUAGGUGGGUGUCUGGCACAGAACGGUGCCCUGAAAGUGAAUAAACACAUGCAGGUGGUUGGCUUUGACAACAUAUAUGCUGUUGGGGACUGUGCUAAUGUGAAUGAACCUAAGAUGGCCUAUCAUGCUGGUCUUCAUGCCGGGGUGGCUGUGAAAAAUAUUAUUAACAGCCUGACUGGAAAAGCAUUGACAUCAUACAACACAGGAAAUGUGUCAAUGCUAUUGGCUAUGGGCAGAGAUGAUGGUGUAGGUCAGUUUAAUGGUUAUAAACUACCACGCUUCAUAGUCACCAAGGGAAAGAGUCAGGGUCUAAUGCUCUGGAAGAGCUGGAAGGAAAUGGGACAGAAAGCCCCCAGCUAGUUAGUAGCCACAGGCCUUAUUGUUGUGCCAUACACAAACUAGAUUAAUCCAGUUCUGAGAGCUUGCAUUAUGAUGUGUAAUGGGGGCAUGGGAGAUCAAUAUUUAAUAAAGCCAAUUGUACAUUUCUGGCUGUAUAACAGGUAAAACACUUUUAGAUCCAGAUGAGUCACUGUUGGAAAAUGCAAUGAAAAACAAUGGUUGUUUUUACUGUUUUAUUAAUUUACAUCCACUUGUUAAGUUUUCACAUGCAAUCCCCUCUGAAUUUCCCGAUACACUGAAGAUAAUUGGGUUUGAGAUCAAAAAUGAAUCCAACAUCAUUUGAAAAACGUAUGGAUUCAAACAGGUCCCAUGUUCUGAGGUGUUUAACACAUCUAGAUGUAAAUAUCAGGAAUGAAAUCUGAAAUUCUGAUCUUUCAUCUCAUAUUCAUCUUUUGAAUUCAUCUAUCCAUUAAAGAAAAAUAAAAAUUCUUU